GGGGGGGGGGGGGGGGGGGGAGCUUAUACUUUGACUCCUCGUUGACUCCGUUGGUGGGAGAAUGAUCUUAUUGAUGCGUAGAUUAGCUGAAAGAGUCAAUUUUGUAGGCUAAAGGUUUCUCUUUUGUCUGCUUUUCGUUGUUGGGUCCUUGUUUUUUGUGGCUCUUGGGGUAGUUUCUGCUGAAAUCUUCUAGAUGCUGCGAUGAUCCACGUGAGAUCCCUCAUUAGAGAUAUUUUCGGUUAGUCCUAAAGUGUUGACUCUCUCGGCUUAGAAUGAACAUGCCCGAGUGAGUUGAUACUGAGACUCUUCCAUCUUGUUGAUAUUUUUUCUAUAUGGUUUAGUAAAAUGGAACUCCUGGAGUGGAGUUUUUCGAGUUUGAAAGUAGUUUGAUCAGCUCGCUGUUGUCAGGUGUCGUGGCAUAGAAAUAUUUUAGUAUGAUCUAGAACUUGGAAGAAAAAAACCUCUAUAUCGAUGUCUUAGUACAUGAGAGAUUUAUUACCUCAAUCAGAGCUGUACCCGAGAAAUCUUCACGCUGGUGUUACCAUCAGCCUUUUGUACCAUGACGGAUCAGGGCAUUUGAAUUCGGGUUUUGGGAAGGCUAGGUAAGGAUCCGUUUUGUCACCCAUGGACGAAAUUAAGAUGCGUGAGUGCUUGUCUCAAUCUUGUGAUGAACUCAGUUUCAGUAAUAUUAGUUUGAGGCAGUGGUUGGACAAACCUGAGCGGCACGUAGACAAAAUGGAAUGCCUGCACAUAUUCAGUCAAAUAGUGGAGAUUGUUAAUGCAGCACAUUCACGACGAGUUGUCGUAAAUAAUGUGCGACCGUCUUGUUUCUCAUUGUCUCCGUUUAAUUGCGUCUCUUUCACUGAGACUGCGUCUUACUCGCGUUUGAGAUCUGACUCAUUCGAAGGUGGAUUAGUAUGUGAAGAUUUAUCGGAAAUUAGUUGUGUGCAGUCAAAUUUAGUAAAUAUAGAUGAAAGUGGUGCAGUCAGAAAUUGCUGGCACUCUGAGCAGUUAGGGGAUGUAAAUCCUCCACCUACUGGGGAAGAUAUACUUCCAAUGGAGGCAAGUUGGUAUACUAGCCCUGAAGAGGUUGCCGGUGCUUCGCAUUCAUUUGCCUCGGAUAUUUACUGCUUGGGAGUAUUCCUUUUCGAGUUAUUCUGCCCUUCUAUAUCAAGAGAAGAGAAAAGCCGAACUAUGUCUAGUCUGAGGCAUCGUGUUCUUCCUCCACAACUGCUCUUGAACUGGCCAAGAGAAGCUUCCUUUUGCUUACUGCUACUGCAUCCGGAGCCGAAUAGGCGGCCAAGAAUCAGCGAACUAUUACAGAGCGAAUUUCUCCGUCAGUUGAGACAAAAAUCGGAAGAACUUGAGGAUGGAGGAGAACUCAGAGAGCGAAUUGAGGAACAAGAACUCUUGCUGGAAUUCCUUUCGCUUAUACAUGAGAGGAAACGGGAAGCAGCAGAUAAGCUGCAGGAUGUAGUUUCAGUCCUGUCUUCUGAUAUUGAAGAAGUGAGAAAGCACUGGACUGUUCUGAAGGAAAAGGGAGACAUAUGCGCAGAAUUUCCGUCUUCAGAACAUGUCGAUUUUGUUGGUCAUUCUGCUAAAGCCGGGUCAAGGAAACGACUCCGUGCUGGAUUUCCACAUCAGCAUACAGAGCAAUCUGAUGAUGAAGACAUGAAUGAUGGCAAAGAAAAUAUAUUUUUGAAAAGUUCUCGUUUAUUAAAGAACUUCAAGAAAUUGGAGUCAGCAUACUUUCUGGCCAGGAGUGGGCCAAUUAAUCAAUCAGAAAGACGAGUUGUUGAGCCACUGCCUGUGAGUAGCAACUCUACUGUAGUAACCGAGAGGAGCUCCAUCAACAAUUUCUUGAUGAAAGAAGAUCAUGAAGAAAGGAGAAGUGGGUGGAUAGAGCCGUUUCUUGAAGGAUUGUGCAAGUAUGUAGCCUUCAGUAAGUUGAAAGUUAGCGCAGAAAUAAAUCAAGGGGGCUUGCUGAACUCAGCCAAUCUGGUGUGCUCCCUUAGUUUCGACAGGGAUGGAGAGCUAUUUGCUGCUGCCGGUGUAAAUAAAAGGAUAAAAGUUUUCGAGUGUGAUGCAAUCUUAAAGGACGAUCGAGAUAUUCAUUACCCGGUAAUUGAAAUGGCAAGUAGUUCAAAGAUAUGCUGUGUAUGCUGGAACACUUGCAUCAAACGCCAGAUUGCUUCGAGUAACUUUGAAGGUGUGGUGCAGGUCUGGGAUGUUACCAGAAAUGAUGUCCUCAUGGAGAUGAGAGAGCACGAGAAGCGUGUGUGGUCCAUCGACUUUUCAACUGCAGAUCUGACAAUGUUAGCUAGCGGGAGCGAUGAUGGUUCUGUCAAGCUAUGGAGCAUUAAUCAGGGAGCAAGUGUUGCUACCAUCAAGGCCAAUGCCAAUGUCUGCUGUGUUCAGUUUGCCCCUGAUUCAGGUCGGUCGCUGGCAUUUGGUUCAGCUGAUUGUAAGAUCUAUUACUACGAUCUCCGAAAUUCUAGAUUUCCUCUGUGCACUUUAAUCGGGCACAACAAGACUGUUAGCUAUGUGAAGUUUGUGGAUUCAACGAAUGUAGUCUCAUCGUCGACUGAUAGCACGCUCAAGCUGUGGGAUAUGUCCAUGUCCGAAUCUCGGGUUGUUGAUUCUCCCCUUCGAACAUUUUCUGGCCACACGAAUGUGAGGAAUUUUGUUGGGUUGUCCAUUUCAAAUGGUUAUAUUGCCACAGGAUCCGAAACUAAUGAGGUAAUUUGCCAAUUGCUCUCUACUAUGGGAAGUUCACAUCCCAUCAUUCUUAGAUUCAUGAAAAAAACUCCAUCUUAUGGUGUCGGAGCUGGCUUCCGACAAGCCUAUGUACUUGAUCUUCCCCUCUUCCACUUACUUCUUCAAUUCCUCCAUCUGCAUGAUUUUCCCGACGAAUUAGCCAUAUUUCAAAUCCUGAUUUUCAGGACGACGUAAAUAUAUUCGUUUAUGGAUCUUACAGAUUCCUCAAUAGGUACAGUGGUAUCGACACGGUGCUGAUAAUAGAUUGUGCAUUAAGCACAGUGUCGGUCUCAUUUCCGUGAGAUCCGAACAUAAGCAGCUGGUGCAUCGCUUAUGUAUUGACAUCCACCCUCAGCUUACAUGGACAUAUAUCUAUACCUCCUUUUAUAACUCCGAUGCUCAGCUUACAUAGGCAUAUUUCUGAAUCUCCU